GAUUAUCCAUUUAUUAGCUUGCCUGUUUUGGAUUUGGAUUGUUGUUACAGUGAAGAGAGAGCGGGAACUACUGUUCUCCAGCUGAGCGGAACUCACCUUAUUUCUCAACCCAAUGGAGUGAGUGAGUCGAGCUGGGUAAUGGAGGUGGAGUUGUUUUACUACGAGGCACGCGAAGUGGAUCCUGACUACGAGUUCGAUGCGCCGAUGUUCUUCGAUUUCAGCCGGGAGGAGACCUUCGCGGAGGCGCUAUUGGCCGAGCGGUGGUUCGGCGCGGCUCCGAGUUACCCGCCGUCUCCAUUUGUGGCAAAGUUCGUGCUGGGAGAGGAAAUCAUGUUGCAGAACAUUAAUACAUCUCCGAAACCUAAAGGUGAUGGAUAUGUGACCACCUUGCCCAAUGAUGAAGACGGUGGUGUUCUGGGCCCGGAAAGUGCAGCGGUGGGGGAUGACCAUAAAGCAGGUUUCAUAAUUUACAAUCAUCAGUCGAGUGAUAAAUUCAAUGCCAAGGCUAACCUGUUGAAGCCUAAAUCUCGAGGUUGCUCAACCUUGAUGAGACCCACAGCUAGCCUGUUGGCUAAGCAAACACGAGUGCCUCAUUCUGGUAGUUCCAGGUUUCAAAUGGCUCUGGAUCAGAAAGAAAAAAGCGUACAUAACUCAUCCAUGGUUGAAAAUCAGGCUGCCAAACGGCAGAAGCUAGAGGGAGGUCAUCUGCAAAAGGUUGGUGAUGCAAACCCACAGACUGAUUUCCUCCACAAAGCACCUGCUAAGUUGAGGUUAACCAUUCCAAGAGAGCCAGACUUUGAGACAGCACAUAGAGCACACAGAACUAGGCCUAUGAUUACAUCAGAAAUUGAGCAUACAACAGUUGCUGUUCGAAGAUUCAAAGCACGCCCGUUGAACCGAAAAAUUCUUGAGGCCCCUUCAUUACCCAUCCCAAAGAAAAGCACUCCAAGGUUGCCUGAGUUUCAAGAAUUUCACCUGAAGACAUCAGAAAGGGCCAAGCAGCAUACUUCUGCAGUUUCAUUUUCCUCACUUCAGUGCAGCAGUUCUAAUCAGGGUAUGGACAAGCAGGCUACUAUCUCUGUUGCAGAAAUGGGAAGGAGAGAAUCCAGAAGACCCAGUACUCUCAAUGUUACAAAGCAGGAUGGACAAAGUACAUCACACGUAUUCAAAGCUCGCCCACUCAAUAAAAAGAUAUUAUCAAGCAAAGGAGACAUAGGUGUUUUUCGAAACAGCAAGCGGCAAACCACAGUGCCCAUGGAAUUUAAUCUCCAUACAGACAAGAGACCUCAUCAUAAUCCUCCCAUAGACCUAUUCAGCAAGCUGUCAUUAAAAUCCGAAAUCCAGCUAAGCUUAGAACCUCUGUCCCAGUUUACUCGACCAAACCCUGCAGCUAAAGUGGUUUCUCUAUUUAAGGGCUCAAAAGAGAAUCAGUUGAAUCCUCUGCAGACAGACCGCAAGAUGCUGCACGUACCGAAAGGAAGGCAAUCCGGCUUUAGUGGAAUGCAGAUUCACCCAGGAAGCAAUGGAUGCAACAGUGAGGUUGGGAACCAGUACGGCGUGAGGUAUGCAGCCAGGAAAAAGGAAUUUGGGCAUCCGGUGAGAGUGGCUGAAGCCUGACGAAAAGAAUACCUUGAAACGCAAGCUUCACAAUACAUGGCUCAAGACUUUUUUGUCCCCCUCACCGCUUUCUGCAAAAAUGCACAACCAUCAUCGAGUCAGCUGAAGCAAUCAAUUUCUUCCUGAAGAAGAAAGCUCCACAUCUCACACCAGCAUUGUACAUCUUACCCUUUCCGUGAAAAGAAGAAUAACUGGUUAAAAGGCCGAUGUUGUACAGUCGUUUGAGGCCUUUCUCACCCUUCAGUAUCAUAGGAUAUUUUGGCCUUUACUUGUAGCAACCCAGAAAAACCCUCAUUUGUAGCUCUCUUUCUAAAUGUCAUCAAGGUCAAUGAUCUUUUGUUUCCAAUGUAGCUUCACCAGCUUAAGUAAUAGAAAGGAAGGAUAUUUCCAUUGCUUACCAAA